GUCACAUAUCACCUGACAUCGGUUACAAAGAUUGCAUUUCAAUGUUUAAGCUAACAACCAAAGAAGUUAUUAAUAGUGACAAAAUGGCUUCCAAUAUGGAGAGUUCAAUUAAUAUAGGAUCAGAAUCAUUCUUUGGCUUUUCUUGUUUCACAUGUCAGGAAGAUGACAAAAACACAAAGGCUGAUUUUUACUGUGAGGAAUGUUAUAAAUUUUACUGUAGCAAAUGUGUUGAGGAUCAUAACUAUCUUUACAAAAAACAUCUAAUUUUGGACAAGAAAAACAUCAGCCAGUGGCGUGAGACUUAUGUUAUCCAACUAGAGCAAUGUCAGGAGCACAAGAAAGAAAAACUGACAGGAUUCUGUGAGGACCACAGUCAGCUGAUAUGUCAUGCCUGUCAUGUCCACAAUCACCAGAAAUGCAGUCAUGUUGUACUUAUAGCUGACAAAGUGAAAGACCUCCAUCAAAAAGGAGACUUCAAACAGUUGUCAGCAACAAUUGAUACACAAUACCAGAAGUUGAUACAUAAGAAAGAUAACUUAGAGGAAAACAUGAAGUCUAUUGAGAAAUCAUACAAUAAAAUUCUGGAAAGAAUCAAUGCUUUACGAAAGACAAUAAAUGAUGCCUUGGAUCAACUGGAAAAGAAUACCAAGAAGGAGUUGGACACACUACUGGAAACCACGAGGGCAUCAAUUCAAACUGACAUAGAAAACUGCACUGAGUCCAUCAAAAAUAUUACAUGCUUAAAAGAAGGUUGGAUGAGAAUAAAAGAAAAAAGUGAAUCACUGAAUUUUAUCAAGUAUAGAAAAUGUUUUGUCCAUUCCAUCAAGGUAGACGCAGUUUUACAAGAAAUAACAAAAAAUAAUGAGAUCAAACUUAUCUUUAGACCUGACACAACUAUCCAGCAAAACCUGUCCACUCUCUCAGUAUUGGGACUAUCAUUUAGCUCAGUAAAAACUGUUCAACCUGCUCAAAGGAUUACACAAAACCAGAAUAAACCUGAAGCAUCCAGCCAGUCUGACCCUGGAAACCAAACAACUUCAAGAUUAAAGGAAAAUAAAAAUAUUCCAGAUCCCAGUUCAUCUAGAAAGUACACACGAGGAAACCGAACAAGUGAUCUGACCAAGACAGGUCAGGUGUCUGAUCUAGAAUCAAGUUCAUCAGACCAGCUGGUCAAGGGAUUUCAACCAGGGGCAGUAAGCAAGCCUGAUCAAAUAAUCAAAAUGAAGAGUAGAAAGAACUACGGUGUGAAGCUUAAAGGUGAUAAAUACAAUUUUUGCGUGAUAACUGGUAUCUGUGAGGCAGCUACUGGAGGACUCCUUAUCACAGAUCAGAACAACCGUAAAGUGAAGCUCCUGGAUCAGACUUACAACGUGGUGGCCCACUGUGACUUGCCUAAUGAACCAUGGUCCAUGUGCAGCAUUGACUCGAGUUUGGUGGCUGUUACUGUGGAUAACAAUGAUGUCCACUUCAUCGAAGUGACCAAUGGUCAGUUGAUAAAGGAUAGGAUACUGAAUCUCCGACAUUACUGCAGGGGUAUUACCCAUCAGCAUGGUAACAUGUACAUUACAGAUGGUAGAGCUCUGUAUCUCUAUACUCUGGAAGGAAGAAUGGUGCGUGAGAUGUAUAGGGAUACAUCAUGUGGACGGCCAGGUAAUAAGCCAGUUGCCUCCUGUGCAGUGAGUCCAGAUGGAGACAGGAUAUAUGUGGCCAACAUGUCCAGUAAACAGCUGGUCACACUGUCCAGGGAUGGAACAGUGAUCUCCACCCUGACUGACACUGCACUGGACUCACUAGGAACACAACUUGGCCUACAUGUGACAGAUUCAGGACAAGUUCUGAUGUGUGUAUACUGGUCUUCAACAAUCAUCCAGGUGGACAGGGAUGGGAGACAGAUACUGGCAGAGAUGGUCACAAAAAAUGAUGGUGUGACUCGCCCUAUAUCUGUCUACUACAGUAAGCAUACAGGCUCAAUCAUUGUAGGAAUGGGGGAAAAUAAUAAAAUCAUAGUCUUUAAGGCACUAUUGGAGUAGGAUGAUGUUCAUUUAUAAUCAUUUAAUUAUACACUCACAUAUUAAGUGUCAUGUAAUGAGUGGUACAGUUUUGAAUACAUGGUUUUAUGUUAGAAAUGACUGUAGGACAUAUUCAUUAUUUUGUGUUUUAAGCUAUUACAAGUUUCCAAUGACACCAGUCUUUACCAAGCCUGUAUCAAUACGAACUUUAAUUGAAAUAUGCUCAGAUAUUAAUAGCAAAACAAUAAAUAAAUUAUUAGUUUGAAUGUAACAAGUUUUAUAAGGAUUGUUUGAACAUAUUAGAAUAGUCUAUUCAUAGGAUUAUAUUUAAGAGAAUACAUUUAUUUGUUGCUUAUAAAAACUAUAUUCUUGGAUUGUUCAUGGCGUGCAAGUGAAGUACUGUUAUUGAGAUGUUUAUGAAUAUAUUGUCUGAGUCAGUAUGUAAAGUAUCAUUCAAACUUAUAUGUAUGACGUGAAUAUGAUAUCAUACAGUUAUCUUUUUACAAACUGCACAUUUAAUGAAACCAAUAUGCAAACUCUGCCACCAGUAAUGUCAAGAUACAAGGCAGUGCUUUUAUGGCAACUUAGGGGCCGAUAUUCGGCCCCAUUCCCCUCAAGAAAGAGUAUAUAUUUUCCCCCAAUUUUGUAGAAAAAUCCCCUCCAAAAGAUAAAAAAUUUUUUUUGUUUUUAGAAAGAACUGUCAAGUGAUAAAUAUAUCUCAAAUUUAUUUUAUAAACAACUAAAAAAGUAUAUAACCAUAAUUAAUAUUAUUUUGAAUUAUUAUAAAGAGUUAUAUUAAAUUAGUUUUUCCCAAAUCAGUUGACUUUUCACAUGAAUUACAUUUCUUUCCCUAAAUGGCCAGGAAAAGGCCUGAUGUAUCUAUAUUGUGUCAAUAUGUGUUGAUAGAAACAUUCCAAUUUGGUCCAUUUUAUUCCUAAAAUUCGCAAUUUUAUCGAUUUAAAAAAAUCCCAAUUAGACUCAAAAUGAUUAGGAAAACUGAGACUGUGCAUGAAGGCUGAACUGUCUGAAACUAAUGUUGAAAAAAUCAUUGAUAUAUAUUUAAGAAAAAGGACAGAGACAUUCAGCUGUGAACAUUACAUUCAUACAUACAUGUGUAUUCAUAUAUUAAACAUCAUUACAUAUAAAAGAGUUGUUUUUUUAUUUUCCCCUUUUCCUAAAAAACAACUCGUUUUUCCCCUUUAGACGGGCCCCGCCACCAUUCCCCUAUAGGUGAAAAGAAAACACUGAUGAAGGAUUGAAAUCAAAGGAUAAAAAUGUUUCACCGACACUGAUUCAUACAUAUCGUAUGUUUUAACACAAAUCCACUAUUUAUUCUUUAGUAGAUAAACAAAUAAUGGGCCAUAUUAUGCCAAAAACUGGUCGCACACACUAUUACUUUUUGUUAUGAUGAUCUGCACAUUAAGAUCAUUCAACUGUGAAAGUUUGAUCCAGAUCUACCCAAUAUUUAAACAGAAGUUGAAAACUUAACAUGUUUGGACUUCAGGGACUUCAAUUGAAGCAGGUUCCAGCUUCUUGAUGCAAGCAUUUAAAAAUCUUCUCUCUUUUGACUCCUGACAAAAUCUGCCUUGAAUCAUUUUGAUGCAAAUGUUUCCAAGAAGCCAACUCCAAAAUAUAUCUUUUAUCGCCCAAUUAGCGCUGUCUGCAUUAUGAGUAUUUUACUUAAGUUGAUGCAAAACAACAUCUUCAGAGUAUCGGUAUGCACAAACUUUCAGAGACGAAAUAACUUUUGACUAAAGUAAGUUGACCCCUGAACAUUUCAUAAGAGACCUGUAAAUAUCAAGCACGGGGUAGUUUGACUCCUGGUUUUCAAAAUCUAUUGAAAAUAGUGCAAAAAGCGCUAGGUUACUCACUUGAGACAUGGUGAGACUUAACUUUUAUGUGCAGAUUUUAUGACAUUAAAUAAUAACUGUGGUUCCUUACAAGGUUUUUAACUCUGUAGGACAAAGAUUCUAAUUGUGGAGCGUCGUGAGAAAACUGGGCUUAAUGCAUGUGCUUAAAGUGUCGUCUCAGAUUAGCCUGUGCAGAUCGCACAGGCUAAUAAAGAGACGACACUUUCCGCCUAAAUUGCAUUUUUGCUAAGAAGAGACUUCAUUUAAACGAAAAAUAUCAUAAAAGCGGAAAGUGUCGUCCCAGAUUAGCCUGUGCGGACUGCACAUGCUAAUCUGGGGCGACACUUUACGCACAUGCCUUAUGUCCAGUUUUCUCAGAACGCGAUUCUAUGUAGUUUGAGACAUUAUACGAUUUUAUUAAUGUUUUUACUACAAACAUAUAAAAAAAUAGUGCCUAAAAGCCCUAAGUUGAUCACCUGAGAAAUAUACUAACUAAACUAACCUGUUUUGUGUAGAUUUUGUGAUAUUUGUGUAAUAACUAUAGAUUUUAUUACUGAGUUUUUUUAUUCUGUAUGACUCAGACAUAAUGAGUUAUGAGACAUUAUUAUUACAAAUUUGAUUGAGCUCUUACUACUUACAUACAGAAAUCUUUGUAUUUCACAGCUUUGACCUUAGUUCGUACAUGUGAGACGUUGUCUUGAUAUAUUGAUAUCGAGCUUAGUUCCUGCAUGUGAGACAUCUUCUUGAUAUGAUGAUACAGUUUGCCAAUUUAUUUCUGAAUUUUUCAUCAUUAAUAUAUUUUGCCAAUUCAUUUCAGAAUUCCAUUACGCACGAAAAAUACCCAUCAGUGACAUAUAGAUUGCUAUCACCAUAUAUAUAAAGACACACAUUUCAAUUGAGCGUCCACUGUGACCUUUACCUUUAUGUGAUCAACAGUUGCUGCAUUUUGGUCAGGUCACGAGAUACAAUCUUAGAAAAAAUUAUCACCACUUUUGAUCCACAUUUAUGACUCAAAAUUGAUAAAACUUGUAAUAGUAUAGGCCUUAAAUUGAAUGCAUGAGUCAUACCCUGUGCCACUCUGUUAGUAUAUACAUACAUGCCUCCACAGUUAACUCAGUCUACUGCUAGCGUUCAUCAAAUGCACGCGCACUAUCAACUUGCCUGAUAAUAUAUUUAUUUUGGAUGUAUAAUAAACUUAUAAACCAU